GUUUGAACUGCGGAGAUAUGUAAUAUCGGUUAAUUUGUUUAUUUCUGUUGUCGUUUUCAGCCGUAAAGUUCAAAAUAUCGAGUUAAACACGGUGGUCCGACCUAUCUGGCGUCUCUGCUGUGCAUUUUUAAUGUACUGUGUUGCUUUGCUUUGUCACAGAUAAAGCAAUUCCCCCCAACAGCGACAUCUCACCGCCGGUCGGACUAGUUUUGGAGCUGCAAGAUGCUUCACCAGACAGACGGACUGUCCCUUCAGUCUCCACUCAGACCCCUCAGUGUUUUGCUUUUCCACCUUCUCCUGAUACACUCUUGUAGAGGUCAGUACGAGGUGAUUGGUCCACCUCAGCCCAUAGUGGCAGGAGUUGGUGAUGACAUCAUUUUGCCUUGUCACCUGAAACCUGCGGUGGAUGUCACUUCAGAGAUACUGGAGUGGAAGAGAUCUGACCUGAAUCCUAUAUUUGUCCACGUGUGGCGUGCUGGUCAGGACCUCGAGAAGAUAAGAAAUCCUUCCUACAAAGGAAGAACUUCACUGUUCACCGACGAACUGAAACACGGAAACAUUUCACUGAAACUCUCCAAAGUACAACUCUCUGAUAAGGGAACGUAUGAAUGCUACAUGCCAGUACAUGAUAAACAGUCUUCUGUUGAGCUUGUUGUUGCAUCAGAUACUGUCUCCUCACCUGACAUCAGUUUACAAGGAAUGGAAAGAAACAGAGGAGAGGUGAUUUUAAACUGUGAGUCUGCAGGCUGGUAUCCAGAGCCUGAGGUGUUCUGGCUGGACGGUGAGGGAAAGCUCGUCUCUGAUGGACCUACAGAGACAGUCAGAGGUCCUGAUGACCUCUAUACUGUCAGCAGCAGAGUGACUGUGGAGACGAGUCACGGCAACAACUACACCUGUAGAGUCCAACAGCAGAACAUCAACCAGACCAGAGAGACACACAUCCAUGUUCUAGAUGAUUUCUUUGAGGUCCAGUCCAGUUCUUCUCCUGUCACAGUUGUUUUGGCUGUUAGUUUGGCUGUUUGCAUCGUGUUUAGUUCUGCAGUUGUCUUUUUUGUGUGCAAAUGGAGACAAAAGAUCAAGACCAAGAGAAGCCGCUCUGAAGAAACUUUGGUAGGGACACAACAACCAGUCUCAGGAAACAUAACAAUUAAAGAGUGUUCAUGA